AAAUGAUAUUAAUAAAUGUACUAGUUCUGAUUGGGUUUUUAUAUUUGUCAAAAUCUCAAAACCUUUUUAUGCCCAACUUGCCGUUGGGAGAAUAUCGUUCGGUAAUUGAUAGAACGUAUCCUUGUGAAUCGACAAAAAAUCAAUCAUUUCAAUAUAAUGUUUAUUUAAGUAAAAAAUCAGCAAAUGUAACUGAAUUGAAAGGGAAUGUAACAUUUUGGAUGCCUCUUGACGAUAGUUAUACGCUUGAAGUAAACGUUGCGUCUUGGAGCUUAACUGGUGGUUGGAAACCAAAUUCAUAUGUUUACAUAACAAAAAAUGCAUGCAGCAAAAUGAAAUUUGUCCUAGGGAAUACAUGGGUUUCGUUAAUGAAAGCUUUUAAUUCCCCAACUUAUAGCUGUCCUAUGCCAGCGGGUAGAGUAUACAAUUGAUUAAUUAAUAAAUUA